AUGCCAAAAGGAUUCUGGGAACAAAUGAAGGGGUUUCCUACAUGGCAACUCACUUUAAUUUGCUUAAUCAGACUCGGUGAGCCGAUGGUCUUCACUUCGAUUUUUGCCUACAUCUUUUUCAUGAUUCAAGAUUUUAAUAUCACUGAUAACCUGGCUGAAAUUGCCACAUACGCCGGUUACCUAUCAGCCUCAUUUGCCAUUUUUCAAUUUCUAUUUUCAGUGCAAUAUGCACAAGCUUCGGUUCGAUUCGGUAGGAAGCCAGUUUUGCUAUUUGGUGUCAUUGGCACCGCUCUUUCUAGUCUUUUAUUUGGCUUUUCGUCAACAUUCACCAUGGCCUUGAUUGCGAGAUCAUUAAUGGGUGCAUUGAAUGGAAACAUAGCAGUCAUGAGAGUAGCUAUCGGUGAAGUUGCGGUGCAAAAGAAACACCAGAAUAUGGCGUUUACAGCGUUGUCGGUGAUGUGGGGGAUUGGCCUGAUUAUUGGACCUUUAAUUGGAAGCAGUUCAUGGUUUACAAGACCUCAUAAGGCGAGACUGCCCGAGCUAACCAACUACAAUGACUUUGUCAACAAACAUCCUUACGCAAUGUCAAACAUUGUUUUGGCGGGAUAUCUCUUUUUCAGCUUUGUUAUGGGGUUCUUGUUCUUGGAAGAGACUUCGGAGAAGUUUAAAAACAGAAAGGAUUAUGGGUUGGUGGUUGGUGAUUGGAUUUUGAAAAGAUUAGGGUUGGAUGUUCCAAUAAGAUUUUGGGAUAAACUUUCUGUCGACGUUGAGCAACUUCACGAAAGAACAGAACUAUUGCAACCUUCUGAAAUCUACUCUGCAGUCGAUGGGGAUGACGAGGAGGGUGCGGAGAAUGAAGAAGAAAUCGACAAUACAUUGAUAUCGCGUAGAUUUGGAGAUGCGGCUAGACGAAGGUACUCAUCGGAACAACUUGGCCCCGUGGUAUCCAACGACGGACAUUCAAUAUCGGCAAAUGUGAGCCAGUCAUUCACGAAAGAAGUUUUCACUGUUCCAGUUGUGCAAACAGUGAUGUCCAAUUUCUUACUUUGCUUCCAUACAGUGUUGUAUUCGGAGUUUAUGCCAGUGUUAUUAGCUAGUCAGUUACUGGUGGACAAGUUAAGUUUUCCAUUCACAAUUGUGGGUGGUUUUGGGUGGCAGACUAAUGACAUAGGUGCAUUACUAUCAUCAACAGGGAUAAUAGGAAGUCUUGCAGUGAUCUUCUUGUUUCCUGUAUUAGAUCACCAUUUCAAAUCAAUAACCAUAUUACGAAUGUCGUAUUCCUUGGUGCCUCUAGCAUAUGCUAUAAUACCUUAUUUUUUAUUUGCUACACCGGAAUACAACCUAUCAAACAACAAACAGCUAUCUACUGGUCUUUUAUACAUCACAAGUAUGGUAAUUUGUGGCUCAGUUUCAGUAGCCUUUCCCACAACAAUGAUCCUAGUUCACAGGGCUUCACCGGAGAAACACCGGGCUUUAAUCAAUGGGUCAAGCUUGAGCUUAAACUCGUUAGCUAGAGGUGUUAGUCCAAUAAUUUUCGGACAUUUUAUGACUUGGUGUAACGAACAUGAGGUUGGUAGUGUACCUUGGCUUGUGCUAGGUGCUCUUGCGUUGAUUUGUCUAAUCCAAUCGUUCUAUAUGGUUGAUUAUGACGAUGAACAAGAGUAG